UUCAGUCCCUUCUCUGCUCAUCUCUGUUCAGGAAUUUCGUAGCCUUCCUCAAUUACAUAGUUUGAAGAAAGAAAAAACACGACAAUGAGAAUAAAGUUUGUGCUUCUGGCGUUCCUGGCGCUGAAAAUCGACCACGAGAUCUUUGAGCUCUACGACUCGCUCCUGGGCAUUGAGCCAAAAGCAUCGCUGAAGGAGAUCAACCGUGCGUACCGCAAGCUGUCGAUGAAGUACCACCCGGACAAGCGCAAGCAGAGCGCCAAGAAGCUGACCGAGGCGGACACGAAGCGGUUCGAGCGCAUGGGCCUGGUGGUCGGCGUGCUGCGCGACAGCUACGCGCGCGAGCGGUACGAUUUCUUCCGCAAGAACGGCGUGCCCAUGUGGCGCGGCACCGGCUACAUGUACAGCAGGUGGCGGCCGGGCUUCGGCUCCGUGGUGACCGGCCUGGUGGUGUUUGUCUCGGCCAUGCAGUAUCUGUUCCAGAAGCUGUCGUUCUGGCGCGCGCAGGAGCGGAUCAAGGCGCUGGAGGAGGAGCAGAGGAAGCGCGGCGGCAGAGUCAAGGUGCGCGUGAUGCGCAGACAGCAGCGCGGCUCGCCGCCCACCACUGACUAUGAGGACUCGGGGUUUGAGGGCAAUAAUGACGAGCUGGACGCGAACCAGAUCAACACAGCAUCCGCCGGGUCAUGGCUGUUGCGCUUGCCCGUGUGGGUCGCGAAGACUGUGCUGGGUGCUAGGAGGACGAUGGACGAUGACGAAGUCGUGGUGAGCGGCGGAUCGGAGACGACUGCCGAUGGCCGCUCGGGCAAGGACAUUCUGCAGCAGGUCGCCGGCGAUGCACUGGCAGCGCAGAACGCCAACGAUAUGGACAGCAAGGAUCUGGAGGCCAGGGUCAAGAAGGCGUCCAACAAGGCCAAGAAGCUGGAGGCACGCCGUCGCCGCAUGCCGGUGGUCUAAAAACACGCACAUUCACAGGGGCACUUUUCUUCUCUCUUCACUUUUUGCAAUUUUUCCUCUAAAUGCGACGCUUCAAUCAU